GUCGUUUCCUACUUCCAGGCCACUACUUAGAUCUCCGGUCAAGACAGUCCAGUAGCGGCGACUCAAAUGCCUCAGUAGUACCAGCCAGUGCCUGUGGGAAAAGACUACACGAAAAAAGUUACAGACGCGAUAAAAAUAAAAAUAAAAAGGAAGAUAAAACAAACGCGCCAACCAUCGUGCCGGCCGGACCGAGCCUAUAUUGAAUCGCGUCGUUAUUCGUUAUCUCAUAAUCCCCUCUCCCAUUUUAUUUUUGGUUUUCUGGCUCGCCUGGAGUGGGUUGAUUGGGUUUAAUUGAUGCCUCCGUUUCACGGCGCACAUCAUCCGGGGCCCUCGCUGUCGCUGAGGUUCAAGGCUCGGGUAAUUAUUGAUUGGCACCACCGCAGCAGAAUCAGCUUAGUCGGCAUUCGCAGCUUCUGCGGCACAGGCAGCUCGAAGCUGUUGAGAACACCCUGUCCCAACCGCCGCCACAACAACCACCAACACAUACCCCAGAACCAGUGCAGGAUCUACCAGACCUCUUCAGCCGCCGCCACUUCCAGUUCUUCCUCACCUACGACCACCAGGGCCUCUCGAAGUUUAAUCCUGCCAUCCCCGUCUCCCAACUCGUCGAGUCGCCGCACGUCGACAUCGACACUAUACACAAAGGUUGUCGCAAUGGCGACGCAGCAACAAACACGCAGCCAUUCGGGCCACAGCCACGGCCACGGGCACCAUCACCAUCACCACCACGGCGACAAUGUCUACCUCACGUCGCGCAACAAGAACGACGCCGGCGUGCGCAUCACCCGCAUCGGGCUCUUCUCCAACCUAGGCAUGGCCGUCGCCAAGGGAGCGGGCGGUUACAUGUUCAACUCGCAGGCCAUGGUCGCCGACGCCUGGCACAGCAUGACCGACCUGGCCUCGGACGUCCUGACCCUCGCGACCGUCAGCGUGAGCCUGCGGCCGCCGACCGACCGCUUCCCGACCGGUUUCGGCAAGAUUGAAAGCUUGGGAUCGCUGGGCGUGUCGGGCAUGCUGCUCAUAGGCGGCAUGUUCAUGUGCUACAGCAGCCUGGGGACCUUGUACGCUCACUUGUUCCUCGACCCUUCGGCCGCUGCCGAGUUUAUGGCACAUGGGCACCAUCACGGACACAGUCACGGGCACGGGCAUGGGCAUGGGCACGGACACCUCGCCCCCAGCCUGAACGCCGCCUGGUUGGCGGCCGGCACGGUGGUUAUCAAGGAAUGGCUCUACCACGCUACCAUGAAAGUUGCCCGCGAACGCAAAUCCUCCGUCCUCGCCUCCAACGCCGUGCACCACCGAGUCGACAGCCUCACGGGCAUCGUAACACUCCUCGUGAUCCUGGGUGCCAACUUUUGGCGCAACGCCGAGUGGCUCGACCCGACGGGCGGCCUGCUCAUUUCUCUACUCGUGAUCCGGGCAGGGUUCGGCAACACCGUAGCUGCUUUUCAGGAGCUAGCCGACCGCGGUCUUGACGACGAGGUCAAGGAGUCGGUCAGCAAGCACGUCGGGCGGGGCCUCUCGGCUCUCGAGGACUGCAGGCAUGACGAGGUCGAGCUGCGCGGCGUCGCAGGCGUCAAGUCCGGGCAAAACUACCUCGUCGACCUCGAGCUGGCCGUGCCCAAGGCAUGGACGGUGGAGGAAUGCCGCAUGGUCGAGGACGCGGUCCGGACGCAGGUGGGUGGCAAGGUGCGUGGUGUCAGGAGGGUCAGGGUGCGGUUCGUGCCGAGGGAGCAGGAUGGCGAUGAGGCGCGCAGGUUUGACGAGUUCAUCCCGGGUGACGUUGAGCCGGCUCCCGAAGAUGUUGAGGACGACGAUCACCACGACCACCACCACGGUAACGGGUCUGGCAACGGUCACCGUAAAACGCAGUAGGGAUGGAGGCGAAAGUAUACACGGUCUAAUUUUUGAGGGCCGCGUUUCAUGCAUUUUCAUUUUAUCUAUUUUUUGUUGGCGCAGGAACGGCAGGCGUUAUGUGGUUGUUGGUGAUGUUUCAGCAACUCACUCGGACUAUACUGAUACCUAGACUGCUCACCGGGCGUUUUCCUUUUGUCUGAUUUUCUUAUGUUUGAAAAACUGCGAAAGCUUAGAACAUGCGGUGUGGGAUUGUAUUAGACUCAUCUAGACAGAACAUUGUCGAUUUGAAUCACCGUGAGACUGAAUUAGACUGUUUCGAUUGAUGGAUGGUUGCAGAGGGGACAAUACACAUAUUUUUUGUGCAGCGACGGCAGUUGGUUUGAAAGGGAGUUACAAACAGUAACACAUGCAACUCUGCUACCAAUAUAACGUCUCCGACAAAAAUUGUGAGCGAUUUUUGAUCAGUGACUGGAGUUUGUUUUAAUACCAGCUUUACAUAAAUUGAGACCGAGGAAUUGGCAUUUGAUC